AUGGCGGCAUUAUCUUUAUGGGGUUCAUGUAGAUGUGUUUUCAGACCACAAGAGCCUCCAGGAAGGCGAACGUGGUGGCCGGCGCUCUCAGUCGAAAAUCCAUGGGUAGUUUGGCUCUCAGCACUUAUACAUACAUUCUCGAAUACUUCAGCUCUAGGAAUGGUGAUGCAUCAAAAAGUUAUGCGGCAAACUUUGUUGGUUCUAUAUUUUCUUCUUCUGAGUCAUAAUGGGGUUCAAGGAGAAACAAAGAGGUAUUCAGAACUAGAGGACUUGGAAUUGGAAAAGCAACUUAAACUUUUGAACAAGCCAGCCAUCAAAACAAUAGAGACUACAUAUGGGGAUUUGUAUGAUUGUGUGAAUUUUUACAAGCAACCUGCAUUUGAUCAUCCAUUGCUGAGGAAUCAUCAUUUUCAUCCUGAGAUGAAACCUGCUUUACGUAGGUUAAAACAAAAUUCAGGUACCUCGACAACUAGUGGGUCAUCAACAAUAUGGCUUAACGGUGAAGGUUGUCCCGUUGGAACAGUUCCUAUUAAAAGAAUUAGCAAGGAAGAUCUUAUUAGACAAAGAUAUAUUCCACCACCAGAAGAUAUCAAAUUUGAUGUCCAAUUGGCUGCUGUUGCAAUAGCUCGAACUCAAAAUGAUCCAAAUAAUAAGUUUGGAGGAGCUACAAUGGCAGCUAGUAUAUGGAAUCCUCAUGUUGAAGGCCAGCAACAUAGUGCAUGUCGAUUGAUAAUUCAAAAGGGAUCAGAUGUUGUACAAGUUGGAUGGAGAGUGGACCCAAUGCUCUACGGGGAUACUAGAACUAGGCUAUUUAUACAUUUUCAGGCUGGUAAUAUUCAUUGCUUCAAUAUACUAUGUCCUGGCUUUGUAUUGGUGAACACUAAGACACCUAUUGAUAUGGUAUACAAUCGUUCUUCACACGUUGGAGCUACUACAUUAUAUGAGGAUACCAUGUCCAUCGAUCGGGAUUUAGUCAAUGGGAAUUGGUGGCUCUUGCUUGAAGAAGACUUCACACAAAUUGGUUUUUGGCCUCAAAGGAUCUUCACCAAUUUGAAAAAUUUCGCUACGAAUGUCGAAUGGGGAGGAGUAGUAUAUAGUCCGCCAGGUAAACCUGAACCCCCAAUGGGCUCCGGCCUUUUUCCCAUUGGAGAUACAAGUCAUGAAGCUUAUUGUAGAAAGAUUGCAGUUAUAAAUGCUAAAGGUGAAACCAUAGAUGAAGAUAAAACUACCGCAUAUGCCGACAAUCCUAAUUUAUACAAGGUUGUUGAUAUACCUCAUUGGCAAGCUGGAAAUCGUCAACAUUUUGUACUCUAUGGGGGACCUGGUGAGAAUAGACAAGUGUAG